AAACAGGGACAAUGCAUUAAUUAGAAAUAAUGAGAUUGAAUCGGUGACAGUUAUAACGAGAUCCGAAAAGGGGAAGAAGUGAAGUAGAAGAAGAAGAAUGGCCGGAAAUUGCCAUAUGCCAUUGACAAACUAACCCUUUUAUCAAUCCCGACAAACCCCUUCUCUCAAACCACAUAUGCUAUUUUAUAAUCAUACAGAUUCAGAUUCAGAAUCAUAAAUAAACGAAACGAAUACAAAAGCAAAGUCAGCUCCACUUAGAUUCAGAUGGUAUGAUUUCAAGAACCAUUCAACACUUUUCGUCCUUCAAUAGUAGUUAGUAUUGGAAUGAGAUGAAGGACAUGUUGUCUUAGCUCGAGACAGUUGCACCUUUAAAGUUCAGAGAUUUACUGCAUUAGGACGAUGGAAUCACUCAUUAAAGGCAGUGGAAUUGCUCAGGCUGAUUUAGGGCUGAAAAGAUUGGCAGAUGUUUUAUGGGGUUCUGCUGUGUUGUUACUAUAAAAGGACAUCUCAUAGAGCUCGUCUGAAAUCUUCUUGGAGAUAUAUUGUCUUCGUGUACAGUUAUCAUUUACGGGUCACAAUCUACUGAACAUGGUAUAGAAUUUUGAAUCCUUGAGGAGAUGGAGAAGACAGGAAAUGACACAGGGCCAGCAGAGGCUCUGCCUCCCGAUUCUCCUUGGUGGCCAGCAGAUAUUUCCGACAAACUACAGUUGAUCACUCUGGUUUCUUCAGAAGAUAAAGCAAACUCUACUGUAUUGAGCAGCAAACAGGAGCCAGAGGGUUUAGCAUCAAAGAGGGCGUCUCAGAUUCUGUGGGACACAGGGGAACUUGCAGAGCCUAUUCCUGAUGGUUUCUACUUUGUUAUUCCAGAAAGAAGAUUCAAGGAGCUAUUCGAUACUAUUCCAUCUUUGGAUGACCUUUAUGCUUUGGAGACAGAGGGUCUUCGACCUAAUGUUAUUCUUGUCAAUCUGCAUAAUGAUAAGAAGCUUUCCAUGUUAAAACAGCUCACUCUAACUUUAGUGAAAGGAUUGAGUUCGACUCCAGCUGUAGUGGUGAAGAAGAUUGCAGGGUUGGUUUGCGAUUUCUAUAAGCAUCCUAAGUACAAGUCCACUCAUGUGAGUGGUACACUUGAGGAGGUCUCACAUGCUUUGGGUAGUCAAGGAAUCCACAUGCUGUGCCAAAUAAAGGAUGGUUCCUGCCAUUCUCGAGCAAUCUUAUUCAAAGUUCUUGCUGAUACUGUGGGCGUUGAGUGUAAGCUGAUUGUGGGUUUCCCAAGAGGAGGAGCGCUGGAGUGUGCAGAUUCGUCUAAGCACAUCUGUGUCACAGUCAUUCUGGAUUCUGUAGAACUACUGGUUGACCUUAUGCAUUAUCCUGGCAAGCUGUUUCCUUAUUCAACGAAGCAGCUACAUCGCUCACAUUUCUUUGGUGAGAGUGAUUCUGUAGAAACUGAUUCAUGUAACUCACCGAUGGAUCCCAUUAGUCCUACCUGUUUCAGUUCCGACUACAGUGGCACUGGAAGUCCAGAGCAUCCUUUCUUCAGAGGACCUGGGAGAUCCAUUCUUGGUGGUCGUGCACAGUCUUUCAAGGACUGCAACUAUGAUGUUACGUCUUCAAGGUCUGCUGGUGCAUCACCUAUACACACUCGUAGAAGAAGACGGAGAUCCAUCAGCAUGAUUCCGGAGAUUGGUGAUGACAUUGUAAGGGUUGUUCGGGAAAUGAAUGCAACUAUGAAGAAAAAUCAUCUCUCAGCGGAACAAGCAACAUUUGAUUUGUCUACAAGGAAAGCGGAAGAUAAUUCUGGUCAUCAAGCACUGAAUUUCCGUUCAGAUGACCUAAAUACAGGGAAUGGUGAAAAAGGUCAACCACAACAUUUUCACAGAAAGUGCUUGACAUCUGACAAAGCAAUAUCCCUGCCUUCAUCUCCACGCUGGAGCUAUGGUAGAGGCAAGGCAGCAGGAAUUUUUGGCAGUCCUGAUAUGAUGUCAAGAUUGGACAAAGUGAUAGAAUCAUCAAGGAUCCUCAACAAACCAUUGUUACCAUUUGAUGAAUGGAACAUUGAUUUCUCUGAAAUAACCAUUGGAGCACGUGUUGGAAUUGGGUUCUUUGGAGAAGUCUUUCGCGGUACUUGGAAUGGAACAGAGGUCGCAGUUAAAGUUUUCCUAGAACAAGAAUUGACUGAAGAGAACAUUGAAGAUUUUGCCAAUGAAAUAUCCAUCCUGAGCCGCAUUCGUCACCCAAAUGUUAUCUUGUUCCUCGGUGCUUGCACAACUCCACCUCGUUUGUCCGUGGUUACUGAAUUCAUGGAGAUGGGAUCCCUAUAUCAUCUGAUCCAUGUAAGUGGACAGAAGAAUAACCUCAGCUGGCAAAGGAGAUUGAAAAUGAUUUGUGAUAUAUGCAGGGGGCUUAUGUGUAUACAUAGGAUGAAAAUUGUUCAUCGUGAUCUAAAGAGUGGAAACUGCCUCGUAAAUAAACACUCCAAAGUCAAGAUCUGUGAUUUUGGGCUGUCCCGAUCAUUGACUCCAACCCCCAUGCAAGAUUCUUCCUCUGCAGGUACACCAGAAUGGAUGGCCCCAGAGCUUAUCCGUAACGAACCUUUCACUGAAAAAUGUGACAUUUUUAGUCUUGGGGUCAUAAUGUGGGAACUAUACACACUCAAAAGACCAUGGGAAGGUGUUCCAGCCAUCCAGGUCGUAUAUGCUGUUGCUAAUGACGGAAAACGACUAGAAAUUCCUGAAGGUCCUCUAGGAAAGCUAAUUGCAGAUUGCUGGGCAGAACCAGAUGAACGGCCUAGUUGUGAGGAAAUCUUGUCACGGCUAGGAGAAUGUAGGUCUUCUGCUAAUUGAUUCUUCACUAGAGCGAGGAUUAAUUCUUCAAUGAAAAUUGUAUAUAUUGCAGAUUUCAACAUCAAUUCCUUUAAAUUUUGAAGUCUAUAAAAAAUAAUGUUACUUCUAAA